CCUCGUACUGUACAUGUACAUGUGUACAUGUACAGCGUACUCGUAAUUUGUGUGUGCGUCCUUAUUUUCCUUCGGAAUUAAGUAUCCAAAACAUGCCCAAACCAAGACAUUUCAGAAUAUCUGCGGUGAUUUCAGUAUUUGAGUCAUUGCUGAACACCGAUUCAUAGAUACUGAAAACUGGUGAUAGUUUUAGUAUGAGUGUUUGGUGAUAAAGCAACGAACAUCGGUGGCAGUCGCAACGGCACAUGGUGAGGGAUCCGGGUGCCUGCAUUCGAUUGCUUGAGCACCGUGCACACGAAAGUUUCUGCGUCUGGUCUAGGGAUCUCGUUAGAAAUAGACGGAAAUUGCUGAAGCAAAUUUGAAAUGGCUACCGCUGCUGAAGCAAGUGGUUCAGAGCCCGGAGGUUCACAAGAUGAUAUGUGUGUUGUGCUUUUUUCCCAGAGUCAACAUGGAGAAAAAGAAUAUAAACUUGAAAAAGACUCAGAGUUGAGGUUUGAAGUGGAAAAAGAUGAACUUGUGGAACUAAGGUUAAAAGAAGGACUAGCUGAGGUUUUUGGAACAGAAUUGCUGAAGAGUCGUGUCUACAAAUUCACCUCAUUAGCAAAGGUGGCCGUCUACACAUGGCACGGCUGCUCCUUGAAUCUGAAGGGUAAGACAGAGGUAGCCUACAUCUCUAGAGACACCCCCAUGACGACAUACCUCAACACCCAUGCAGCCUUGGAGCAGAUGAGGCAGCAGGCUGAGCAGGAGGGCACUAGAGGGCCAAAGGUGAUGGUCGUUGGGCCCACCGAUGUUGGCAAAAGUACAGUUUGCCGCCUACUACUCAACUACGCAGUCCGAGUUGGAAGAAGACCAACAUUUGUAGACAUUGACGUCGGUCAGGGCGUCAUUUCUGUUCCAGGAACCGUUGGUGCCUUACUAAUUGAGCGGCCAGCAGAUGUAGAAGAAGGAUUCUCAUUGGCUGGUCCCCUAGUGUAUCAUUUUGGAGCAUUGUCACCAGGAGCAAAUCUCAAGCUUUAUACUUUACUGGUAUCGAAUAUGGCAGAGGUCUUCAACAGACGAUGCGUGGCCAAUCAGAGAGCCAGUGUCAGUGGCUGCAUCAUCAACACCUGCGGUUGGAUCAAAGGGGAUGGCUAUAAAUGCAUUACACACGCAGCAAAAGCAUUUGAAGUUGAUGUUAUUAUCGUGCUGGAUCAAGAAAGACUAUACAAUGAGUUAGUACGAGAUAUGCCUCCAUUUGUCAAAGUGGUGCUGCAACAAAAGUCAGGAGGGGUUGUUGAAAGAACAAGAGCAUUCCGUGUGGCUGCACGAGACAGCAGAGUUCGGGAAUACUUCUAUGGAUUUGAAAACUGCUUCUAUCCACACUCUUUUGAGGUCAGGUUCUCCGAUGUCGAAAUAUUCAAAAUUGGAGCUCCAGCAGUCCCUAAUUCUUGUCUUCCUCUCGGCAUGACCCCAGAGGAUAACCAGACUAAGAUGGUUGCAGUCCAACCGAGUAAUGAGUUGUCUCACCACCUGCUCAGUGUCAGUCUGGCGAAGACCAAAGAUGAUGAUCUCCUGAAGACAAAUGUGGCUGGCUUCAUUUGUGUCACUCAUGUUGACAUGGACCGUCGAGUCUUCACAGUACUCUCUCCUGCCCCGAGACCUCUCCCCCGCCGUUACCUGCUUCUCAGUGAGGUUCAGUUCAUGGACAUACAUAAGUGAAACCUCUUCUACUCCUUGAAGGAACAUCUCAUGAGGACCAUCACUGAUUCAUGUUGGUCUGGAACCAAUGUGGAAUUAUUUUGAGUGGAACAUUGAGGACCUUUUCACAGACCCAGGAUUCAGAAAAUGUCAUUAUUCUACGAAUGCCUCUCAGUGUGGCGCCGGUUUUUCUGCAUGGCAUUUGAAAUUUCAUGUUGUGAUUAGAAGCCAAAGUCCGAAGCCUUCUUAUGUGGUAGAAACCUCCAAAUAAUUCUGGAACCAGAGUUAAAGUCGGCGACGAAGAAGAGUCAACUUCCUGUAUUUCCUUCACCAAUGUACAAUUUCAAUUCUUCAGACCAUUUUUAAAGGUGGCAUUUCUUACUCUUUAAAAAAAUGACUUGUAAAUUGUGAAAAAAAGUGGAAGGAGCAAAUGAUACCACGUUAUGGGUUGCAUUGAAAGCUUUAAUCCUACUACCAAGGAUUGGAACAUCAACACAAUAUGCAAAUGCCGAAUGGCUUUGAAGUUAACUUACUUCUUCGAUUUUAAACAUAGAUAUGAAUUUUUUUCUAUUCAUUGGCACGGACACAUUUCUUUUGAAAGAUUCAUAUUUCAAAUUUCAGAUGAGGACAGUUGAAGACGUACGUGUCCAAAUCGGGUUUUCAUUUUUUCGUGGCCUUUGAGUGGCCUUCCAGGUUUGGCAACUUUGGCAGUACUCCGCUCAUGUGUAUUUUAAAACUUGUUUACUGUCUGAAGCAAGCAACUACCUUCAGGCCAACAGCGAGUUUCUUUGAUUUGAUUUUUUAACACAUUUUAAGAGCUCAGUUCAGGCACUUGUAACCACAAGACCACUUUCUUAUUUUGUUUACACCAAUGAAAGUUUCGAAGUUGGCUGUGCUUUUGAUUUUUGCAAACUGAUAUCGUCUUAUGAUACUUUUUAACUGAAUAUUUUGCUCCGGAGUCAAUAAACGACAAAUUCAACGUAA